CCAGGCGCCUCCCCGCCCCCCCCUCCCCGCGUUCCGCGGCGGCGGCGGCGGCAGCAGUAGCAGCAACAUGGCUGUUGAUGGGUGUUCGGGGUGGCGCUGGCGGCGGGAGGAGCUCCCUCGAGCCCCUGCGCCGGCCGCCCGUUGCUAGCUAUGGCAAACGGUGGCGGCGGCGGCGGCGGCAGCAGCGGCGGCGGCGGCGGCGGCGGCGGCGGAGGCAGCGGUCUUAGAAUGAGCAGCAAUAUCCACGCGAACCAUCUCAGCCUAGACGCGUCCUCCUCUUCCUCCUCCUCUUCUUCUUCCUCCUCCUCUUCCUCCUCGUCCUCGGUCCACGAGCCCAAGAUGGAUGCGCUCAUCAUCCCGGUGACCAUGGAGGUGCCGUGCGACAGCAGGGGCCAACGCAUGUGGUGGGCUUUCCUGGCCUCCUCCAUGGUGACUUUCUUCGGGGGCCUCUUCAUCAUCUUGCUCUGGCGGACGCUGAAGUACCUGUGGACCGUUUGCUGCCACUGCGGGGGCAAGACGAAGGAGGCCCAGAAGAUAAAUAAUGGCUCCAGCCAGGCAGAUGGUACCCUCAAACCAGUGGACGAGAAGGAGGAGGUGGUGGCAGCCGAGGUCGGCUGGAUGACUUCCGUAAAAGACUGGGCAGGAGUGAUGAUAUCUGCCCAGACACUGACUGGCAGAGUCCUGGUCGUGUUAGUCUUUGCUCUCAGCAUUGGUGCCCUUGUAAUAUACUUCAUAGACUCGUCAAACCCAAUAGAAUCCUGCCAGAAUUUCUACAAAGAUUUCACAUUACAGAUCGACAUGGCUUUCAACGUGUUCUUCCUUCUCUACUUUGGCUUGCGGUUUAUUGCAGCCAACGAUAAGCUGUGGUUCUGGCUGGAAGUGAAUUCUGUAGUAGAUUUCUUCACAGUGCCUCCCGUGUUUGUGUCUGUGUACUUAAACAGAAGUUGGCUUGGCUUGAGGUUUUUAAGAGCUCUCAGACUGAUACAGUUUUCAGAAAUUUUGCAGUUUCUGAAUAUCCUUAAGACAAGUAAUUCCAUCAAGCUGGUGAAUCUGCUCUCCAUAUUUAUCAGCACGUGGCUGACUGCAGCUGGAUUCAUCCACUUGGUGGAGAAUUCAGGGGACCCAUGGGAAAAUUUCCAAAACAACCAGGCACUGACAUACUGGGAAUGUGUCUACUUACUCAUGGUCACAAUGUCUACAGUGGGCUAUGGGGAUGUUUAUGCCAAAACUACGCUUGGACGUCUCUUCAUGGUCUUCUUCAUCCUCGGGGGACUGGCCAUGUUUGCCAGCUACGUCCCUGAAAUCAUAGAGUUAAUAGGAAACCGCAAGAAAUACGGGGGCUCGUAUAGCGCGGUUAGUGGAAGAAAGCACAUUGUAGUCUGUGGCCACAUCACUCUGGAGAGCGUCUCUAACUUCCUGAAGGACUUUCUGCACAAGGACCGGGAUGAUGUCAACGUGGAGAUUGUCUUUCUUCACAACAUCUCCCCUAACCUUGAGCUUGAGGCCCUGUUCAAACGACAUUUUACUCAGGUGGAAUUUUAUCAGGGUUCUGUCCUCAAUCCCCACGAUCUUGCCAGAGUCAAGAUAGAGUCAGCAGAUGCGUGCCUGAUCCUUGCCAAUAAGUACUGCGCUGACCCGGAUGCAGAAGAUGCUUCCAACAUCAUGAGAGUGAUCUCCAUAAAGAACUACCACCCGAAAAUCAGGAUCAUAACUCAGAUGCUGCAGUAUCAUAACAAGGCCCAUCUGCUCAACAUCCCCAGCUGGAAUUGGAAAGAGGGUGAUGACGCAAUAUGCCUCGCAGAGCUCAAGUUGGGUUUCAUAGCCCAGAGCUGUCUGGCUCAAGGCCUCUCCACAAUGCUUGCCAACCUCUUCUCUAUGAGGUCAUUCAUAAAGAUUGAGGAAGACACAUGGCAGAAAUACUACCUGGAAGGAGUCUCCAAUGAAAUGUACACAGAGUAUCUCUCCAGUGCCUUCGUGGGGCUGUCCUUCCCUACUGUUUGUGAGCUGUGCUUUGUGAAGCUUAAACUCCUGAUGAUAGCCAUUGAGUACAAGUCUGCCAACCGGGAGAGCAGAAUAUUAAUUAACCCUGGGAACCACCUUAAGAUCCAAGAAGGUACUUUAGGAUUUUUCAUCGCAAGCGAUGCCAAAGAAGUUAAAAGGGCAUUUUUUUACUGCAAGGCCUGUCAUGAUGACGUCACAGAUCCCAAAAGAAUUAAAAAAUGCGGCUGCAGGCGGCCCAAGAUGUCCGUCUUCAAGAGAAUGAGACGAGCAUGUUGUUUUGGUUGCGGACGUUCUGAGCGUGACUGCUCAUGCAUGUCAGACCGUGUGCGUGGUAACGUGGACACCCUUGAGAGAGCCUUCCCGCUUUCUUCUGUCUCUGUUAAUGAUUGCUCCGCCAGUUUCCGUGCCUUUGAAGAUGAGCAGCCGCCAACGCUGUCACCAAAAAAAAAGCAACGUAAUGGGGGUAUGAGGAACUCACCCAACUCCUCCCCGAAGCUGAUGAGGCAUGACCCCUUGUUAAUCCCUGGCAAUGAUCAGAUUGACAGCAUGGAUUCCAAUGUGAAGAAGUACGACUCCAAUGUGUUUCACUGGUGUGCACCCAAGGAGAUCGAGAAAGUCAUCCUGACUCGAAGUGAAGCCGCCAUGACUGUCCUGAGUGGCCAUGUUGUAGUCUGUAUCUUUGGGGAUGUCAGCUCAGCCCUGAUUGGUCUCCGGAACCUGGUGAUGCCGCUCCGUGCUAGCAAUUUUCACUACCAUGAGCUCAAACACAUUGUGUUUGUGGGCUCCAUCGAGUACCUCAAGCGAGAGUGGGAAACACUGCACAACUUCCCCAAAGUGUCCAUAUUGCCUGGUACGCCAUUAAGUCGGGCUGAUUUAAGGGCUGUCAACAUCAACCUCUGUGACAUGUGCGUUAUCCUGUCAGCCAAUCAGAAUAAUAUUGAUGAUACUUCGCUUCAGGACAAGGAAUGUAUCUUGGCGUCACUCAACAUCAAAUCUAUGCAGUUUGAUGACAGCAUCGGGGUCUUGCAGGCUAAUUCCCAAGGAUUCACACCUCCUGGAAUGGACCGGUCAUCUCCUGACAACAGCCCAGUGCAUGGGAUGCUGCGCCAGCCGUCCAUCACAACAGGAGUCAACAUCCCCAUCAUCACAGAACUCGUGAAUGAUACUAAUGUUCAGUUUUUGGACCAAGACGAUGACGAUGACCCUGAUACGGAGCUGUACCUCACGCAGCCCUUUGCAUGUGGGACAGCAUUUGCCGUCAGCGUCCUGGACUCGCUCAUGAGCGCGACAUACUUCAAUGACAAUAUCCUCACCCUAAUACGGACCCUGGUGACAGGAGGAGCCACGCCAGAGCUUGAGGCUCUAAUUGCUGAGGAGAAUGCACUUCGAGGGGGCUACAGCACUCCCCAGACACUGGCCAACAGGGACCGUUGCCGAGUGGCUCAGUUAGCCCUGUUGGAUGGCCCCUUUGCAGACUUAGGGGAUGGUGGUUGUUAUGGUGAUCUGUUCUGCAAAGCUCUGAAAACGUAUAAUAUGCUUUGUUUUGGAAUUUACCGGCUGAGAGAUGCCCACCUCAGCACCCCCAGCCAGUGUACAAAAAGGUAUGUCAUCACCAAUCCCCCCUACGAGUUUGAGCUUGUACCAACAGACCUGAUCUUCUGCCUGAUGCAGUUUGACCACAACGCUGGCCAAUCACGGGCCAGCCUGUCUCAUUCCUCCCACUCCUCACAAUCCUCCAGUAAGAAGAGCUCCUCCGUCCACUCCAUCCCGUCCACAGCAAAUCGGCCGAACCGGCCCAAGUCCAGGGAGUCUCGCGACAAACAGAAAAAAGAAAUGGUUUACAGAUGAACCGGAUAAUGCCUAUCCCAGAAACAUUCAAAUCAAGCCCAUGGGUACCCACAUGGCUAACCAGAUCAACCAAUAUAAAUCCACAAGCAGCUUGAUCCCUCCAAUCAGAGAAGUUGAAGAUGAAUGUUGACUCCCAGGAGACCAGAACUAUUUUUUUAAAGCCUGACAAACUUCAUAAUGGUGAUGUGACUUCUCUUCCUCUUCCAUGCCGAAUCACUGGUGGAAACACUAGAGUAAGCAAGAAUUGCAAGAAAAUAAAGUAGACAGAUCUUUCUCUUUGCCUUGAA